AUGAAGCCACAUAAGAGGGACAAUUACUAUGGGCUGAUCGACUUUCUUGAACAACGCGGGAAUUUUGACCUACUCGCACGAAAAUCAGUUGAAGAAAGACGCACAUGUUUUGGGGAAUAUUUGGUGGCUAAUGAACCUCUCGAGUUGUGUGAGUCACAAGCUUCGGAACCAAAGUCAGUAGAACGCGCCCUGCGCAUUUUUAUGGAAAGAGAGGACAAUGGAGAGCUGGAGAGACAGUUUGCUGAAGAAGCAAGGCAAGUAUUUUACGAAGGAAAUACGUUUGUGGUGUGGUCGGGGAUUUUGGAGCGCUUUCUAAGAGGAAGUUACGGGGAUGAAACGAGUCGCAUUCCGGUAUGCGAGCUUGUGCGGACAAUGACGAUGAAAUUCACUUCUUACGUGGAAAUCUUUGAAUUUCUCGAACAGGCUGUUCGGAAACGUCGCCGCUUUACCCGGAGUGUACCAGUGGAAGUCGACUACGAUAGAGCACGCCAUGGCACUAGUCCGGGAAUGUUGCGAACGUUGCGUGUCGUCUUGAAGAUCCUACAAAUUAUCCUUUACUAUAUCAUUAAGCAGAUGUUUCUGUCUUUUGUGCGAAGUUUGGUGUGGAUUGGAAAGAGAUUGACUGGCCGCUAUACAGAGGCUGGCUAA